UUUAAAAUAAAGAUUUAAAUUAUUUUUCAUUAUGGCAGAGGUCGAACAAUUAUCAGAAGAACUCACUACUUUAAAAAGAGUAGUUUAAACAUCAUUACAUAGAGGUUAAUUGUCAAAGGGAGUACAUGAAGUAUGCAAAGCCAUUGAAAGCAAAUAAGCUAAGUUUGUAGUUUUGGCUGAUGAUUGCUCUGAGGAAUCCUAUAAAAAAUUAGUAGUUGCUUUGGCUAAAUAAUUCUAAAUUCCAGUUUGGAAAGUAGAAAAAGGUGCCUUAUUAGGUGAAUGGAUUGGAAUUUCAAAGUUUUUAACAAAAACCAAGAAAAUCAAAUCAAGAAAAUGUUCAUCUGUUGCAGUCAAAGAUUUCGCAAUUGAAGUAAGUGAAGGUGAAAAACAAUUUGUAGAAGAUAAAAUCAAAGGAUUAUGAGAAUAUUUAUCUGUACAACAUAUAAAAAGUAUAAUAAUGGAUCAUUAAAAACAC